AUGCGCACAAAAGUCAUUCACAGUAAGGCAGCUUCUCCAAUGGUUCAGAUUAUCUUCUAUGAGGACAGAAACUUCCAGGGUCGCUCCUAUGAGUGCAACUCUGACUCCUCUGAUCUGUCUUCAUACUUCAAUCGCUGUAACUCUAUUCGAGUGGAGAACGGAAACUGGAUCCUGUAUGAACAUCCCAACUACAGAGGACACCAGUACUUCCUUAGAAAAGGGGAAUAUCCUGACUUUCAGCAAUGUAUGGGUUACAAUGACUUCAUCAGAUCAUGUCGUUUAACACCACAGCAUCGAGGACCAUUCAUGCUUAGAGUCUAUGAAAAAGAAGAUUUUAAAGGUCAGAUGAUGGAGUUCACUGAAGAUUGUCCUCAUGUCCAUGAGCAAUUCCACUACAAUGACAUCUACUCCUGCCAGGUGCUUGAUGGGUACUGGAUGUUCUAUGAAGAGCCCAACUACAGGGGACGUCAGUAUUACCUGAGGCCUGGAGAGUUCAGAAGAUACAGCGACUGGGGAGCUUCUAAUGCCAGGAUUGGUUCUUUCAAAAGAGUUCAGUAUCUACAUUAA